UCUCCAUCUACACAUACAGCCCGAAUAUCAAAACUUUCAUCUCUAUAUCUUUACCUUGACUGCUUCUCUUCUUCUGCAAGAAACCAGAAAAAAAAAAAAAAAAAAAGAGAUUAGGGAUGGGUUUCUUAGAGCUAUUGGAGGUGGCUUCAAUGCCAAUCGUUCAAGUUCUUCUUAUCAGCGUCCUUGGCGCUUUUUUGGCAACCGAUUACUGCUCUCUUCUUUCUGCUGACACCCGAAGAUCCGUGAACAAGCUCGUCUUCGUGGUCUUCACCCCCUGCAUCAUGUUUGCCAACCUUGCCGAGACUGUCACAUUGCAGGACAUUAUUUCAUGGUGGUUUAUGCCCAUAAAUGUUGGAAUCACCUUUCUAGUAGGAGGCAUUCUUGGAUGGUUGGUGGUCAAGCUCCUGAACCCCAAACCUCAACUUCAUGGCCUCAUAAUUGCUACUUGUGCCUCAGGCAAUAUGGGAAACCUUAUGCUUAUUCUGGUCCCUGCCAUCUGUGACGAGGAAGGCAGUCCUUUUGGGAAUCGGAGUGUCUGCAGAUCCAUCGGGCUCUCCUACGCAUCUUUCUCUAUGGCCCUCGGGGGUUUCUACAUAUGGACGUACAGUUACCAACUGGUAAGAAGCUCUGCUACACAGUUUAGAGCUCUUGAAGCCGCCGGGUUGGUCAAGUCUCCCAACAAGGACAUUGACUCUGAUCCCCACACUCUUCUCCUCAAGCCGCACCAAAACCAAGACCUUGAGAUCCAAGGCAAACAAAAGGUGUCUACCGGGACAUACAUCAAGGACUUGCUCCAUCAGAUUCUUGAGGAACUCUUCGCACCACCCACCAUUGGUGCCAUUCUUGGCUUCGUUUUCGGAGCAACAAAUUGGCUAAGGAAUCUUAUAAUCGGGGAGAAUGCCCCGUUGCGAGUGAUCCAAGACUCAGUAAAGCUACUUGGGGACGGCACAAUUCCUUGCAUAACACUCAUACUGGGGGGCAACCUGAUUCAGGGUCUGCGUUCCUCAGCCGUGAAGACAUCAGUGAUUAUGGGAGUGAUCUGUGUGCGCUAUAUCAUCCUCCCCGUGGUGGGAGUCGGAGUGGUCCAAUUAGCAGGAAAUCUAGGGUAUCUUCCUCCAGACCCUCUCUUCCGAUACGUUCUCAUGCUUCAGUUCACACUGCCGCCUGCCAUGAAUAUCAGCACAAUGGCACAGCUGUUCGACGUGGCUCAAGAUGAGUGCUCGGUCAUCUUCUUGUGGACCUACCUGGUUGCAUCCUUAGCCCUCACCAUCUGGUCAACCAUCUUCCUCUCCAUCCUCUCCUGAAUCUGAUUUGAAAAGACAAUGGAGUUUGUUUAGUCUCUCUUGUAUGGAUUUUUUUGAUUUGUUAAAUACUCUCAUUCACAUGUUGCCAAAUAAAACAGAGAAAAGACAAAAGUAUCUCUGUUUCACAGCCAAUGUGUCUGUUUGUGGGCUUUUUUUACUUAGAAAAAAGGGAAUGAGGUGUGGGCUCAUAGAGAAAGAGAGAGCCCAAAAUUGGAGAGGCGUGUUCAAGUUGGCCACAGAAGGAGACGUGCAAUGCAUCUUCCACGUUGCUUUGCUCUGAUUGGUGAAAACAUCUUCAAUCAUUUCUGAAACUUCUGCAUUGCUCACACCUGUCCUCUCCUCCUUUCCUGUCUCUUUAAAUUUUGUUUUUGUUUUUAUUGUUCUGCUUUUUAAUAGCAUAUAAAAAAUCGAUUAAUUGAUUUGCGAA